ACUGCACUAUAUCACAUGCUUUAUUUCCAAAAAGCUCACAAACGACCCCAAUUUUUAUUACAUUUUCUCAUGCAUAUUAAUUCCCUUAUGCUGUGUAGAAAGCAAUAGCCAAUUCCGACAUCAAUUAUUUAAGUUAUGGUCAUUUUAAUAAACAAGACAAUUUUUUAAGAACAAUUAACCUGUCCAAAAUAUGGUCAAUCCUCAUCUCAUGCAAUAGGAAGGAGUGGCUACCUGCUUGCAAUUGUUUGGAGCUUAUAAAAGUGAUAAUUGAUACUAUUGUAGGCAGUCUGUAAUGGAGAAUCAAGCAGUGUAUGUUAAUGUUGGUAUCCUUAAGGCCCCCCCACCAGUAGCAACAGGAGCAGUUCAUACAGUCACUCAUCAUUCAUUGGAAUCUUUAGCAGAGAAGGAACUACCUUGUCCAAUAGUUGUACACCAAACCAACUAUUGUGAGUUUGAUGAUAUCCUGGGUGAUGGGCAAGAGCUGGAGGUGUAUGCACAUAAAGUGUCUCCAGUGGUUACUUUGAAAGCACCAGAGAGAGACUAUACAGUACCAGUCAACAGCUCCUUUCUCUUCAGUGUCCUCUACAAUCCGUUUGAUGAUCUCAUUAAAGCAAGGAAAGGUUAUGUAUUUCAAACUGGGGCAGAUUUGAUAAAUGCUGUACCUCAACCUUGUGCAGUAGUCAUCAGCAAAGACUGCACUUGCAGCAUUUUCACUAACGGGAGUCCAUCAGCAUCAGGAGGAGUGAAGAAAUCAAUUGUACUUCGGAAAGGUGAAGUGUUGCUGAUAGACAGCAUAGCCAGUGAGAGUCAUUAUGGGAAGGUUAACAGGCUCCUGAAGUGCUUUACACUAAAAGAAAAGGAAGUGUAUUUGAAGGAGAAUUGUGAAGGACAUUUCAGCACACAAGAAUCAAGUCUCACAUUUUCACUCACUUUCAUCCUCCGCCACUUCAAGUUACCAAUACUGAGCUCACCUUACGAAAGAGAAACUGGAACCAUCCACUCUCGGUUCAAAGGAAAGUGUGGAAUGAUUCAUAAUGACGUGAUUCCUCUUUCUUCCUUCAUCGUUUCAACUCCAACCACAGAGGAGGAAUUAGAUGGAUCCGAUUUCUCAGGACAACUAGUUGAAAUAUACUCCACACUAAAGCUGGACUAUCACAUUGCUACUGCAACGAAUGAAGAAUUGAUACUACUGAAGCAAAAGAUGAACAAGACAUGUGAGGAACUGUCCCCACAAAGCAUCACUGCCGUAUUGUACAACACAAAAGAAGUGGACACAGUUCAAAAUGAUUUUUUAUCUCCUGUCAAUAAUAACGAGUGGAUUAAUGAGAUACUAUCGUCACCUUCUCUUACUGGGAAAGACUCCAAGCAAGUGCCAAAGAAGAAGACCCCACCCGUCCCACCACGACCAACAAACGGUACAAUAAUGAGAACAAGGUUGUCAAGCAAAAAAGAGAAAGACACCAACGAAUCAGGAAAGGAAAUGAAACAAGAUGGAGGAACACAGAAACGUUUGACUCCACCUCCCACAAAGCCAAAACCAUCAACUCUGAGUCGUAAACCACCUCUUGUCUCUCAGAAUAUUUACGAACCGAUCAUUAAGUAUACCACAGGACAGAGUGCAGGGAAUCAGUCCUUUCUAAAGACAGAGCAGAAUGAUACUAUCAUCAAGGGGACACCUACUCCAUUGAUUAACCAACAACCAGUAGACAAACUGCAGCUUUUAACUGACAUUGCAAAAGAAUUAAAGACAGCAACAGAUAAUGUAGACAGUGAUGAUGAUGAUGUUCAUGGUUAUCUGGUAGAAGACAUGUAUGAUAACAUUAACUAUGCAAUACCACCUUCUCCUACUAGCAAAGAACAGACAAUAGCUGGACCAGUUACUCUACCAUCAGUUGAACCGCUCAUUCCUGCACACAACAGUCAGCCAUCAUUAGGUACUACUGUACAUGGAAGCAAUGAUAAUAAAGGAUACCUUGAGAUCAACAAGACAGUAAUAUCACUAUACAACACUGCAGAGGUUGGUGAUCUAUUAGUGGCAAUGGGGCUAAGUGAGUAUGUGUCUAAAUUCAAGGAAGAGAUGAUUGAUGGACAAAUGCUAUUGGAACUUGAUGAUGAACUACUGAAAGAAGAGCUAGGGAUGAACAAGAAACUACACAGACUGAGACUAACAAUGGUAAUAAAAGGAACUCAGUCAGUUUAUGGAUACAUCAAUUAACACAAAGACACACACACACAAUUGUAUAGUUAUAAACAUUAUCGUUAUUAUUGUCCAUUAAUGAUUAGUCUUUCUCUUACUAAAUGGACUAUUGGUUCCUUUCUUUAACGAG